AGAGCAACGCCUGUCAUUAAUUCACUUGCGUCUCCAACGUAAAGCACCUGUGUAAAGUUGAGGGCAUUUUGCGUGUUUCAACACCGUAUUUUUAAAAAUGCUGCUUUUUUUGGUAUUGUGUGGUAGUGCUUUCUUAGUUAAUAACUCGGAAGGAAAAAGAAAAAACGACUUGGAGAUCGUUGUGGAGCAUAAACCUGAAAACUGUAACAGAAAGGCAAGGAUUGGAGAUACUGUAGCGGUUCACUACACGGGAGCAUUAGAAAAUGGAAGAGUAUUUGAUUCAUCUCUUGUCCAAGGAAGRGAACCAAUCCAGUUUGAAUUAGGAAAAAACAGAGUCAUUAAAGGAUGGGAAGAAGGCAUCAAAGGGAUGUGUGUUGGAGAAAAACGGAAGCUGAUUAUACCACCUCACUUGGGAUAUGGAAAACAAGGAGUGAGCAAUGUUAUACCACCGGAGUCUUACCUUAUUUUUACCACUGAACUAAUGGAUAUCAAGACUAAGCCAUUCCUGGAUUUAAGAUCAUUAUUUCAAGUCAUUACAUGGCCUGCAAUAGGUUUAGUAUUAGCAUACUAUUUAUACCAAAGGUUCAAAGAACAGAGCAAAAAUCAAGAUAAAAAAUCCAAAGAUAGAAAAGACCAUAAGAAGGGCAAAAGAAAAUAAGUAGAACCUGUCACAUCAAGUUGCAAUGACAUUAGGAUUUUUUUAUGCAAACAGCUAAUAGGUGUACUCUGACAUUAACUUACAACUCAAAAACGUUUUUACUUGCAACAAAAUUAUUUGAUUGAUGGUGAGAGAUUUCUCAUUGUUGAAAAUUACUUAGUUUUAAAGGAAGACAUUACGUACCUCCAGUUAGAUUUUGAGUUAUUGUUGUAGUUUAUGUAUUGCUAUAAAGUUCUUACACUAUGACCAUGAAAUAAAAUCUAAAUAGUUACUAACAAAUAGUUUAGUGACUAUCAUUCAACUGGAACAGUCUUAGUAACAAUACAUUCUGUACACUUGAGAAUCAAAUACAAAGGAAACAAUACCUCAUUAUAACUGUUCCAGUUGAGUGAAACUAAUAGUCACUAUAAAUAAGAACUAUUAGAUAGUAACUAUUUAAAAUUUAGAGUCAUUUUCAUCCGUCUGUGAAAUWGGAAUUGUACUCCCAAUAGUUUAAAUUAUGGCAUGCGACAAACUAAUUAGGAAAACACGGUUUUGAUUUUGCCUUUUGGUAGCCUACUACACCCUAAUAGUUACUAUUAAACACUGACUAGUAGUAAUUGUUUCUCAGACGGAUGAAUAUGACUCUGUUUCAUGGACAUAGUCUAAACACUCUUGUAAUUAUGUUUCUAUUUGUGUUUAUUUAUGGCCUGAAAGGUGUGUAUAUGUUGACCUUUUUUAACCAAAAUACUUUUGUAUGGUUCAACUUUGCACUUAGAAUUGUAUUGAUUGGUCAAGUUGUUUUAUGCAAUAAAAUAUACUGACUUGUUUGUUAA